AUGUCGGAAUGGGACUCGAUGGUUGCUAUCCAUGACCUGUUUGUACCUGAUUGGACGAAAACCCCCAAAGGGAGCAUUGUUUCGGUGGUGGUUGACUGUACCAUCCAUACUGAAUCGAUGGUUUUGGGAGUGACGGUUCCUGAUGCCCAGAAAGUCAGGUUAUAUGGGGAGAUCAACAACCAGGUCAGAGGUUGUCGCCGUUUGUCUGUGCUGGAUGCUGUCUUGGACUUUUCUCCUGGUGCCUUGGAUUUGCUCAUCACAGAUGCCUCAACGGUUGUUGCCCAUGGACUUUCUCCUGCCCGUGACAUGCUUAGGGUUGUUGAGUUGUGCGCUGGGGUCUCUUGUUCCAGUGUUGGACUGUGUGCUGCUGGAUUUGAGCACAUUGGCAGUGUGGAAUGGCGCACACCUCUUGCUCACCUCCAUGCGACUUGUCACCCUGACAUCCCUGUGAUCACUGGAGACAUCACCCAACCCAGUUGCAUGCGUGACUUGUUGCAGCAGUUCAAACCCCCUUUCAGCCUCAUGUCAGGGAUCUCUUGUCAGCCUUACAGCUCAGGUGGAUCUCAGUCCGGGUCAGAAGAUGUCAGGUCCAACACGUUACCAGCCACGGUCAAAGCCUGUUACCUGUGUCAAAGCCCUUUGUUGAUCAUCGAAUGUGUCACCCAGGCCAGGUCAAAUCGUUUCGUGAAGUCCAUUUUGCAAGCCUUGGAAUCGCAACUUGGAUACCACCUUUCUGAAAUAUCGUUGAAACUGGAAGACAACUGGGUGGCCAGAAGAUACAGGUGGUGGGUUGUUGCGUCCCAUCCCUCACUUGGUCCCAUGCCUGUCCCUGAUUGGCCAAAGAGCCCUGGACUUUGCAUUCGAGAUGUGAUGCCAUACAUCCGACAGUGGCCUGCAGAUGACCUGCGUGACCUUUUGCUCACUGAGGGCGAAGCCCAUCAGUUCACCUUGGAUGGAUCCAAUCUUCGCAAGUACGUUGUACAGUCAGAUGGAAAGCUUCCGACAUGUUUGCACUCGUGGGGAUCCCAAGCAUCAGAAUGCCCUUGCGGCUGCCGGCUUGCAGGUUUCAGUGACACCCUUGUCAGACAGCGUGGCAUCUAUGCUCAGUUGAUUCAGAUGACACGUGACGAUGGCACACCAUGGUUUCGACACCUGCACCCAUGUGAAUUGGCUUUGAUGAAUGCCAUGCCACCACCACAAGCAUGGUUCAAUGCAGACCACCCAAGCCUGCGUUUGUGUUUGUGUGCCAUUGGUCAGCUGGCGUCUCCUUUGCAAUCGUUGUGGAUUGGAGCCAAUAUCAUGCAAAGGAUUCACAACCAUUUGGAUCUCCCCGAAGUUUGUCCCAAAGCUUUGAUGAGUGAGUUCAAAAGUCGGUUGUUUGCAUGCUCCAAAGACAUGUACCCUGGACUUUCCAACCCCAUGCCUGCUAGCAAUUGGGUUCAACUGAUUCACCUUGAUGGUACCAGUGUGCACAUUCAAGUUGGCUCAACAACCACCUUUGCCGAACUUUGCCAGGCGGAGAUUGCCCUGACGCAGCAGCACUUGGUAGGUAGUUGGUGUGACGCCACCACCAGGGUCCCACUUGAGGCCGAUGAUCCCAUUGCUGGCCGAUGCAUCCGGGUGUUGCCAGAAGACCUGUCUCCAUGCGCUGCAGUAGUUUUCACACAUGACCCCAGCCUGGAAGCCCAACUUUCCGUGGACGUUGCAGAAGCCAUUGCAGAUGAACCUUCUAGGCCUGUUUCUGUGUGGGUUCGUAGGUCUGCGGGCCCUGAUGAGCCUUUUCGUGCCCUUGCAGGUCCAGUUCCUGAUGCUAUGCCUGGACUUAAGCAUGUGACGUGUGUCCAACUUGCUGCCAUGUUGCCACCUCUUGUGUCUGAUGUUGCGUACUGUCAAGUCCUUCGUCAAUCCAUGGUCCUUGGUUCUGCCCGCCUUGCCAUUUUGGCCAAUGAAGAAACAGCAAUGGCAGAUGAUGAACUGACUUUGCACAUCCGUGCCUGCUUGAAACUGUCAGGACGUGAGGACAUCCAGCUGUUGGAUCCUUUGUUGGCUCUUGGUUGGUUGCGUGCUGGGGACGUUGAAAAGGUCCGUCUGUGGCUCAGUCAGUUUCCAACACUGACCAGCUUCGUGUCUGCUGUGCUGCUGCAUGAUCACUGGAUUCCUGUCAUGUGGACGGUUGGACUUGCGGAAGUGCAGGUGACCAUUUGGGAACAUGUUGAUACUGACAUUGACUCCUUGUGUCCUUUGCAUGGCUUGAUCAGCAGUGCCUGGGGUCGACCUAUGUUCAGUGUUGCAUGUACUCGGCGUGCCUUUGGUCGUGAUGGUUGUGGUGCGGCAGUGGUUGCAUUUCUUGCCUCCAAGCUUCUUACCAAAGACCUGCCCAAGACCGAACAGGAGCUGAUGGAUUUGCACACUGACCUCAAGUGUAGUUUCGCAGCUGCCUUGCAUGAUGUUGAAAGCGUCCCGAAACCUUGGUGCUGGGGUUUUGGUGUGCCUGAUGUUGCGGACCUUGCUACUGCCAUUCUGCAAACCCAUGGUGUUCCUGCAGCCCAAGCCCCUUUGCGAGCCAAGUUGGUUGUUCAAACACUCGGCAGACAAGAAGUCCAGAAAGCAUUGAAUGGCAUUGCACCAUGGAAGUCGUUGAAGGCCCUUGCCAACCUGCAGUCUCCGCCUCUGCAGCUUGUUUUGCCGGAUGAGUUGCAUGCACAGAGCCUCAAUAAACAGCCAGCAAAGCCCAAGAAGUCGACAGGCACUUCUAAGAAGUUGCUACCGACCAAACCUGCAGAUCUGGAUCCGACCAAAUUGGUCAUUGCCCCUGCCACUUUUCGGGCUGGAGAUGAUGAUCCUGUUGGGCAAUUACCCCUUGCAUCCGUAGGACCACUUGCCACAGGCAUUGCAUUGGCCACGCUGAAUGAGGCUCAGCAGUUUUUGACGGCUGGAACCCUUUUGACCACUCAAGGAUUGGCCUUGUUGAUCGUGAAUCCUCCCACUGAGAUUCAUACGUCCCUGCAAUGGUCAAGCAUCCGUUUUGCCGCCAGAUGUAGUAUGAAUCAUGAACCCAUGCUGCUCCCUGGCAUCCUUGUACAGCUUGGCCAGAAGCUUGUGUAUCCAUACCGAGCCAAGGACACCCCAGCCAUUGCCUCUGCCGAGGUUGCCUGUGCCAGAAUCACUGUGUACCAGGACCAAUGGGAAGGGGAUUGGGAAGACUUCUCCACUCGCCCGGUGAAGCACAUCCUUGGAUUUCUGCCUUGUCUCCACACCUGUCGCCAGGGUUCGUCUUGCACAUGUCAGGGUUGGCAUCCACAAGAAACAUGUCCCCAUGAAGCACUUUUGGAUGUUUUCCGCCGGCAGUACCUGACAGACACCGGACGUCCUGUUAAAUGGGACAAAGCUUCUCACUUUGCUGUCAUGAUCCGUUAUGCCAAGCAGUUGGAAAAGCAGGUGCUGGGAGCCAGUGGAACCCAUGGAGUCUUUGUUGAGCCCAAAACUGAAGAUGGACUGAAACCCAACGACGCCUUUCAGGUGGUGUGGCUUCCUCACUUGGACUUUGCUGAGGCCUCCCACAAAGCCAGAUGUGAGGUGCAUUGCCUUGGACUUGCCAGGUCAGGUAAAAGGUAUGGACUUCGGGUUGCCACAGAUCACUUCCAACAGGUGUUUCGCAGCAUCAAACCUGAUGCAGUUUACCUUGCUCCUGGCAGUCGUAGGACCUUUGUCUGCGGCCCGUGGCCCUUCGGAUCCGAUCGAAAGGGCAUUGCCAAGAUCUUGCAGAGCAGUGGAUGGGAGAGCCGACCACUCCAACCCUUGCACCACGUUCCAGGUGGCCUGAUGUGGUCAGUUCAGGCGCUGGUAGAUCCACCUUGCAAUGUGCUGCCGAUGCAACAUGGACAAGUGGUCAUCACGUGCCAGGAUGAUCAGCCCAGCCAGACUACAGGACAGCAGGACAUUGUCGGGCAGGCCAAAACUGUGCAGAUGUGCCGCAAUGCCGAGCCUACAAAUGCAGAUCCAUGGCUCAUCCAAGACCCAUGGUCCAAAGCGGUGUCCUCAAUGCCACCUCAGCAGUCAGCACCUCCUGCCACUAAUGUCUUGCAUGAGAUGGAACAGCGGUUGGAACAGACCUUGCUUGCCAAAAUCCAGGCCACUCCUGAGCCCAUGGAGGUAGACUGUCAGGAACAAGGGAUGCAGGCUCUGGAGAUGCAGGUUCAGCAGUUGUCCAACCGUCAAGGGCAACUUGAGGCCACGGUCAAUGACCACCAUGUCCAAAACACCGCGCAGGUUCAGUCCUUGCAACAACAGAUGUUGGCCCAAUUCGACGUCCAGUCCAAGCAGAUGCAGCAUAUGCUCUCGGAUCAAAUGUCUCGCAUUGAGACGGCUAUCUUUACAUUUUUGUUGAUGAUGCUGAUGUGGCGUGUUGGGGAAGCCAGUGUGCCAGGACCAGAUGUGGACACACCAUGGUCGCUUGGGAUCUGUAAUCCUAGCGGAUUACAAGGGAAACAGGCCAUUGUGAACCAGAUCCAUGCCGAUGUCUUGGCCAUCAGCGAAUCCCAUUUGACCAAAGCUGGCACUAGACACCUGUCAAGUAGCCUCCAAUCCAUGCGUUCCAAGUACAAACAUGUUCUGACAGGAGCACCCAUGACUCCACGCUCUACCAGCAGCGAUGCAGGACAAUAUGGUGGUGUGGCUUUCACGUCCACGGUCCCUUGCCGGACGAUGGCCAUCCCGUGGCCUCCUGACCUGUACGAGACUGGCAGGGUCAUGUUUGGUUCUUUCUAUACCCCAGCUUCAUGGGUUUCUGGUGGUGUAAUCUACGGCUAUCCUGAAGGCAAGCUCCAUCAUCAUGCCAGGGCCAGGACUUCUGCCAUUUUGGAUUUUGCCUUUGCCCAUCUCAGCCAAUUGCCUGGACCCAAGUUCUUGUGCGGUGACUGGAACCACACGAUUGAUGUUUUGGAUAUCGUUCCACAGUUGCAUGCUGCUGGCUGGGUUGAAGCCCAAGACCUGUUUGCCCUGCGCACUGGUGCUGCUGUCAGUAUGACCUGCAAAGGGGUAUCUCGCAAGGACUUCCUGUUCUUGUCGCCAGAGCUGGCAAGAGCAUUUGUGGAUUUGUCCAUAUGCCAUGACACUUUUGCUGACCAUGCGGUUGUGUGUGCCCGGUUUGCUGGCGGCACUUGCCAUGUUGAACGGUUUGUCUGGCCCUGCCCUCACCCUGUGCCUUGGAGUCAAGUUGAUGAGAUGCAGCAUCCAGUUUCCUUUGACUCCCCCGGUGAUCCAACAUCACAAUAUGCUGAAUUGUGGUGUACCAAAGAGCGCCUUGCUGCCAAAGCCCUUCCUGAUGAUUGGGUGCCAUCUAUGCAGGGCCGUGGUCAACAAACCAAGCCCAGACGCCGUCUGCAUACACAAGCACCACUUAAAGCCAGCCGUGCUCAUGAAGUUCAGCCUGCGUUCUUUGGAUUUUCCUCUGUGCAUGCCAAACAGUUCCGACAGCUCCGUCGUUUGCAGAACUUUUGUCGGUGGGCUGAAAAUAGGACUGCGAUUGGCACUGCCAAUGUUGAACAUGGCAUUGGACUUUGGAAUUCCAUCUUGCGGGCUUCUGGAUUUUCGCCCAGCUUCUCUGCGUGGUGGCCCCAUCGGCGGUAUGUCUGUCCUGCUGAUCCGGUUGAGGUCCCCCAGUUUUGUCCCUCUUUUGUGGUUGCCAGCCAAAUCUUUGAUGCGGUACUUGCUGAAGUCAGACUCCUUGAGCAGCGACUUUCCCAGGCCAAAGCUGCUCACCGGAAGUACCAGCAUGAUCAUGACAGGCAUCUGGUUUUCCGGGAUGUGUCCCGACCUGUUGCUGCCCCUGUUGAAACCCUGAUCCAUGAAGUGCAUGCCACUGUCCAGGAAAUUGAUGCAGAUGAGUGUGCGGUUGUUUUGACUCAGCCUGCCACUGUUGAUGCCUCUUUGCCUUUGUGGAUCUCAGGCCAACCUCGCGAUGUCAUCCAUGCUGAUCAUGACAAAGUGUGGUUGACUGACGUUGACCACAUCCAGCCCAGUGACAGUGCAGUUCAGCGGCAGGAAAUUGGGGACCUGCGAUCCAUCUUCCAGGCAUUCCAUGAGCAAUGGCAACAGCGUUGGUGUCGCCACGAUCAGGUGCCGUUUACCCAUUGGAAUGAAGUUGUUGCCCUGGCUAGCCGGUUGUUCCGUCCUGUCUUUGUCCCCCAUUUGCCUGUUGAUGCCUCGCUUUUGUCUGCGGAAGUCCAUCGGAAAAAGAAGCGCUCUGCCACUGGACUUGAUGGUGUGAGCAGAGAUGAUCUGGUACAGGCAGUGCACUCACUUGCCAAGACGGAAUCGGCCUCCACGGCCAGCCAGUACAGGCCAAUCACUGUCUUUGGUUUGCCUUACCGUGUUUGGUCCAGCAUCCAGUCCCGACACUUGCUUGCCUGGGCUGAACACUGGGUUGAUGAAGGUGUGUUUGGGAAUCGCAGAGGGCGUCAAGCUUCCGACCUUUGGCACUUCCUUCUGCAGCAGAUCGAGCAGGCCUAUGCUUCCAACUCGCCAUUGUGCGGGGUGUCAGCUGACUUGGAGAAAUGUUUCAACUGCAUUCCCAGGUACCCCGCCCUUUGCCUUGCAAUCCUUGCUGGAACCCCACAUCAGGUUACCACUGCUUGGGCAGGUGCGUUGGCAGGUAUGUGUCGACACUUCAAGGUGCGUGACUCUUUCUCAGAUGGAUUUUCGACAAGCACUGGACUUGCUGAGGGGUGUGGACUUAGUGUCUUUGGGAUGUUGCUUGUCGAUCACAUGUUCUCCUGUUGGAUGCGUCUUCAGGCACCAUCGAUCUCCACCUUGUCCUAUGUCGAUGACUGGCAGUGUUACACUUGGGAUCCUGACUUUGCGGUUCGGCAACUUUCGUUGGUUGAAUCCUUUGCGGGCAUGUUGGACUUGACGGUAGACAGGAAGAAGACUUUUGGAUGGUCCACCCAUGCCGCUGUACGCAGCCAGCUCCGGGACAGUGGUAUCUCCGUCUGUCACCAUGCCCGUGAACUUGGAGGUCAUUUUGGGGUGUCCAAGCAGUACACCAACCGCACCAUCCAGCAACGGAUUGAAGCACUUGAAGACUUCUGGCCCAAGCUUGCACAGAGUAGAGCAAGGCACCAUGCAAAGGUGUUCAUGUUGCGUGCAGUUGCCUGGCCUAGGGGCCUUCAUGCAGUUCCUAGUGCGCCUCUUGGGGCCAAUGUGUGGACACGUCUCCGAAGACGGGCUGUCAAAGCCCUUGGAUGGCAGAAACCUGGCGUCAAUUCACAUGUGCUCUUGGGGCUUGUGGAGCCUGGUGUCGACCCCCAGUAUGUUGCCUUGCUUUGGACUUGCCGAUCUGUUCGUGACCACUACUCUUCUGACUUCGGGUCUACUUUGCUUGCCCCUGUCGCUUGUGGACUUUUGGACUUACCUCCGUCAUCCCUGACUGCCAUUGUCUUGGAUCGGCUGCAGCAUGUUGGACUGUCUGUUGACUGGCGUGGGUUCUUGUCUGACCGUUUUGGCUCGUUCUGUCUUCACACUUCCAACCCGGCUGAAAUCGAAGUGAGGCUCCAGUGGGCGUGGACUCAAGUCGUUGCUAGCAAGGUCUCCCACCGAGCUGAGUUUGAUGGCCUUCACCGAGUUGACCUUGCAGCCACUCGCAAAGCUUUGCGUAGGCUUGGGCCCGAUGAUCAAGCCCUUUACCGCCUUGGACUUUCGGGUGGUCUCUUUACUGAGUCCUACAAGGCCAAAUGGAGUGACCAGACUGAUCACUGUCAGUGGUGUGGUAGUCGGGAUUCUCUCCAGCACCGCUACUGGGAGUGCCCCCAGCAUCAAGACUUGCGAGACCUGCAUGCCCCCCAGGCUCAGCACUUCCAAGAGAGCAUUCCUCCGGCUUUGGCCUUGCGGGGUUGGGCACUGCAGCCGCCCACUCAUGAAGCCUGGUUGACCUCCCUGCUCAGCAUUCCCACUGACCCCCCGCCACCUGAGUGUGCACUGGACAAAGGGAGUCUUAACCAUGUCUUUACGGAUGGUUCCUGUCUGUGGCAGUCCGAUGUCCGUUUUCGCCUUGCCUCCUGGGCUGUGCUGUUGGCUCGUCCCAUGUCGCCUACUUGGACUCCUGGCUCGUCUGUUGUUCUUUGUGCUGCUGCCCUGAGUGGACUUUGUCAAACAGCGUACCGUGCUGAGUUGUUUGCUGUUGCCUACAUCCUUCAUUGGGCCGCCCGUCAGUGUGUUCGGAAAGUUCCAGCGCAUCGAGCGUGGCAAAGUGCAAAGAAUCCACGUGAGCUAUGGAUGUUUUACAACAACAGUCUGGUUGACAGGGCUGCGAGAUUGGCCAACCAAGCACGGCCUCAGAUGUUUUGGCAACAAUGGGAAUCCCAUGUCGUUGCGUCUACAGCAGCAGAGGGAAUUUUUCAACAGGUUGUUGCUUUGCAGCUUGCGGUUGCUCAAAGACAAGUGCGUCAAGGACAACCGCAGGAGGAGACCGAACCGGCGCCAGAGCCGAAACCAACACGACAGUUUGGCACUUGCUUUGCGUUGCGAGGAUGGAACGGGCAACCACUGCCCAAGUUGGCUCGCCUGUUUGGCGGUGAUCAUGCUCAACGGGUGGUCCAAUGGUUUCUGUCAAGACUGACGACUGGAGAGGAUGCACAAGUGGUUUGGGUAUCUUUUGCCCAGUUAUACCUGGACUUUCAACUUUGCUGGGGAAACCCAGGACCCAUUCGGAUCAACAAUGUCUGGGUGGACGUGGCCACGAGGCCGUACAUUGCGGCGGAGGUGUUUCCGUUUCGAAAGCGGGUGCGCUGGUUCAGACAAUUGGUGAAAGCCAUGGUCACCGAAGCUGGCAUUCACACCUCUUUUCAGCAGUGUCGGCCACACUCAACAGCGAUUCAAACCUACGUGCCUUCCAUUUCUGUUCCUUGGAGCGACCAAGCACUUCGUGAAGUGGACUUGUGGCUGCUCGACCGCCUGGGUGCCCCGUGCACUAGGGCGGCCGGCAGCCUGGCGGCACUGCCUGUUCCACGGCCGAGGAACGAAUUCGGUCUCUGGAAACGCGACGAGUUUCCCUGCAGCAACGCAGUUCCGUUGGCCCUGGAGGUGUUGAGUCUGGAGGGGCAGCCGUUGGAACAUCGGAUGGAGGUUGAUGGGGUGAUGGACAUGGAGGCCUCUGGUAAGUUGAACUUUGCCGUCCGACUGUGGCUUACAGAAGCAGGGACGCCUGGUCGUCUUUGGGUCGAAUUCGGUCAUCCAGAGGUGACCGGAGCCUUUCUGCUGCGCCUCAAAGUUGCCAGCGACUUCGAAACUUUGCAGCGUCCGUUGCUGCCGGUGCUGUCGCCACCCUUGCGCGGUUCCUUCGCGUCGCAAGGUGUGGGACGGGAAGGGAAAGGUGCUGAGUGUCAGGGCGAUCUCGGAAUCGGUGGCCGCUUGUGGGACGGCGCGCUGGUGCUGUUGGAGCACCCUGGUGCUAAGAUGCUUCGUGUAGCUGCCAGGUCCAUUGCUGCCCGCACUUUCAGCGUAUCUCUGCGCCCCGCCAUUCGUCCGGCCGCUGUCGCUGUGUUGCCGUCUCGAAGUUUUGCCGCAGCCGCGGCGUCGAAGCCCAAAUUGGAGGAUGGCACCUUAGAGGGGCGAUAUGCCACGGCCCUCUUUAUGGCCUCCAAGGAGAAGUUGGACAAGGUCUACGGCGAUUUGUCCGCACUCAGGGGCAUGAUGGCUGAAUCACAGGAGUUGAAACUGGCCAUUGAGACACCCGGAAUCGAGCCAGACAGCAAGGUGGCCGCCUUCGAAGCGAUCUGCAGCAAAGCCGGGAUGGAUGGAGCCGUGGUGAAUUUCCUCAAGGUCUUGGUGGAGAACAAGCGAGCCCACCUUCUCUCGCGCAUGAUUGACAUUUUUGAGAACUUCUACCGUGCCGAGAAGGGGCUGGUGCUGUGCAAGGUGACCUCGGCUGCGCCAUUGACCUCGGCCCAACAGGGACAGGUGAAGGCUGCCAUGCAACAGCGAGCUCAAGGUUCCGAACUGAUCAUGGAAUAUAACACCAACCCUGCAUUGUUGGGAGGCCUUGUGGUGAAGAUGGGAGAGGCGGUGUUGGACAACUCGGUCUCGACGCGCCUGGAACGCUUGCAGUCCCAGCUGCUGGCCCCAGUGGCCUGGACCUACCUGGAGCUUGGGAGCGGCACAGGGCUGGUCGGACUGAGCUGCGCCCUGUGGGGAGCCAAGGUUUGCCUCAGCGAUCUGCCUGACGUCACGGCCUUGUUGCAUUUCAACGUGGCCUUGAACCGAGCUCGUGGCCUCACACUGGACGUCCAGGUGAUUCCCCACGAGUGGGGCACCCAACUUCCACCGGACCUGAACAAAUCGCUGGACGUGGUGGUGAUGGCGGACUUGGUGUAUGACGUCGAGGCUUCGAGGCAGUUGCUGGUGACCUUAAUUGCUUUGGCCGCCGCUCACCAUCAGCUGCAGUUCGUCAUGGCAUUUCGCCCUCGAAACGUAGAGGAUCCAGAGUUCUUCAGAGAAUUGUCGAAGCAUUUUGACCUCGCCCCGCAAAGAAGUUCCGGGGUCUAUGGCCAAAUGUGCUAUGCGACUUGGCUUGAAAAAAUGGUGGAUGACCGCAGUUGA